CCCGAGAGGAGCCACCCGAGCAAAAACUUCUCCAACAAUCAAGCAAGUGGAACUACGGAGCGGCGUCUCUCUCCGCGUCUUUACGCAUGGGUGCCGAGUUGCACCAAAUUAAAAGUUGCGCAGAGUAAAGUUGUGGGCGCGGAAGCAGACGGGGCUCUCCGUUUUUUUUUUUUGUUUUUUUUUUUGGAAGAUGGACCAGUUAAUAUGGACCGGGUUGAUAAGGACAAUACCGCUGUUUCUUUUCCUUCUACUCCACUUAACGGCGGCGCAAGCUGCUGAUCCCGUUGACGUUCUCAAAGCGCUGAAGCUUUCAGAGAACAUGGAGGGAGUAUCCUUGGAGGUUGGCCUCUGCGCCGACAGGAGGGGCACGACGGAGGCAGACCUGGCCUAUAAGAUCAAAAAGAUUGAGCUCAGCGCUCCCACCAAGCAGCUCUUUCCCGCCUCCAGAUUUCCUGAGAGUUUCUCCUUGAUGGCGACCAUGCGGGCUAAGGAGGGCUCUCAGUUCUUCUUGCUUUCGGUGUAUGACGAUCAGGGGGUGCAGCAGCUGGGGCUUGAAGUGGGCCAGUCUCCCGUCUUCUUGUAUGAAGACCAACAUGGGAAGCCACCUCCAGAACUGUACCCCAUCUUCCAGAAGAUCAACCUCGCUGAUGGAGAAUGGCACAGGAUAGCCUAUAGCGUGCAGGACAAGACUGUGACCCUUUACGUGGAUUGCCUCAAAGUGGAGACCUUGGAUCUGCCACGAGGGGACAAUCCUGCUCUCAGCACCGAGGGUGUGACUGUGUUCGGGACACGCCUCCUGGAUAAAGAUGCUUUCGAGGGAGAUAUUCAGCAACUCCUGAUUCUGGAAGACCCCCAGGCUGCUGCCAACUAUUGCGUUAACUACAUGCCAGACUGUGACUCUGCUCUGCCCGACAACAGCCAAACUCUGGACCUGACGGAGGUUUGGAGUCACAGGCCCUGUGUACAUUUCCUGAAGAGGGCUGUUUCUUUUAUUGUGUUUUCAUUCACAACAGUGUUUGUUUUCUUCCUCCAUCCUCCACCUGUGCCCUCGUCCUGCAUUCUGCUUUUCCUCCCUGAAAAGAGCUCCCUGCUCGAGUCCGAUGACUCGAUGCAAAGUGACGAGCCGGCGGAAUCAAAGGUGGUCUCCAAAAGGGACAGGAAGGGAAGGAAGAACAAAAAGAAGCGGGACAAGGGCUCUAAAGGCAAUCGCAAAGGCAAAGGCAAGGGCAAGAAGGGAUCCAGGAAGAGAAAACACGAAGAGGAGGCCGUCGACGAUGAAUUCCUUCGAGUGUCCACAGCACCGCCUCAGUAUCAAGCACUUGGACUUUUACAAUCCAUGGAUUUUCCACAAAUUAAGAGCACUCCAAGCACGGGAGCUUUUGACCACACCCUGCAGAUGCCCACAAGCGAACCUUUCUUCACAACCGACGGCCCCACAGUGCUACCUAGCAUGCUACCUGCACUGAAGGUUACAGAGGAGGAGGACGCAGCGGUGAAGAAGCCAGUGAUGGAGGAGCACGGAGAUGGCCUUUACGCAGACCUCAAUGAUAAUCUAUCAGUUUCCACAGUAACAGUGAGCACCAACAUUACCGAGUAUGGGAUUCUUGAAUAUGACGACUUCAAGAACGACACAGAAUACGAAGAGUAUGAAACAUAUGAUGAGGGCUUCGACUUUGCAGAGCGGGAGAGAGCCGAGACGUGGGCUGGAGAGGCAACCCUCAGAGCAGAGAAAGGUCAGAAGGGAGAGCCGGCUAUUAUUGAACCGGGUACACUUGUGGAGGGGCCCCCAGGCCCGCCGGGGCCCGAGGGAUUACCUGGCCCAGCUGGACCAGCAGGCCCUCCAGGUCCAAGGGGAGAUCCCGGGGAACGGGGCCCCCAAGGCCGUCCUGGUAUGAAUGGUGCUGAUGGGAUCCCAGGGCCUCCAGGAACCGUGCUCAUGCUGCCAUUUCAGUAUAGAGGCGAUUCUCAGAAGGGACCAGCGGUUUCCCCCCAAGAGGCUCAAGCACAGGCUAUCAUGCAGCAGGCUCAGCUGUCUCUUAAAGGGCCUCCGGGUCCUCUUGGUCUCACAGGGCGACCAGGACCAGUGGGUCUUCCAGGGCUCCCUGGACUGAAAGGAGACCAUGGAGAGAGCGGUCCUCCUGGACAACGUGGGUUGCCAGGCCCUCCUGGAAUUAAUGGGAAGCUGGGCAAGAGGGGGCGUGCAGGAGCAGAUGGAGGUCGUGGAGCUCCGGGGGAACCAGGCAUCAAGGGCGACAGGGGUUUUGAUGGCCUGCCGGGUCUCCCGGGAGACAAGGGACACAGAGGGGACAGAGGAAAACCCGGCCUUCCAGGACCAUUUGGAGAACAAGGAGAGAAGGGAGCCGAUGGACCUGUGGGGCCAAGAGGGUCACCAGGCGAACCUGGCCCUCGAGGUCUAGUUGGGCCAAGGGGACCACCUGGCCCACCUGGCCCACCGGGACUUCAUGGAAAUGAUGGUGUACAGGGGGCAAAGGGCAACCUGGGUCCAUCUGGUGAGAUCGGGCCUCCAGGUCAACAGGGAAAUCCAGGAGUGCAGGGCUUGCCUGGACCUCAAGGUCCUAUUGGAUUGCCAGGAGAGAAGGGUCCCCGGGGGAAACAAGGCAUGCAGGGACUACCCGGCAUUGAUGGUCCACCUGGCCACCCAGGAAGAGAGGGCCCCACAGGAGAAAAAGGCAUCCAAGGUUUACCAGGUGCUCAGGGGCCUAUUGGGUACCCAGGGACACGUGGAGUGAAGGGAGCCGACGGACUCAGGGGUCUGAAGGGGAGCAAAGGAGAGAAGGGAGAAGACGGCUUUCCUGGAUUCAAGGGCGACAUGGGCCUGAAGGGGGAUCGGGGUGAUAAUGGAAGCCCUGGCCCUCAUGGAGAAGAUGGUGCAGAGGGCCUGAAGGGACAAGUCGGACCCAUGGGAGACGCAGGGCCCCCGGGGACAGCUGGCGAGAAGGGCACGCUCGGUGUGCCAGGCUUGCCAGGAUACCCAGGAAGACAAGGUCCUAAGGGAUCGCUCGGCUUCCCUGGUGCGGCCGGGGUCUCGGGGGAGAAGGGACGAAGGGGUCCAGCUGGUCAGCAAGGUCCUGGAGGUCAAAGAGGUUCUAAUGGAGCUCGGGGGGGACGAGGAGCAAACGGGCCCACCGGGAAGCCUGGAGAAAAGGGCUCUGCCGGACAAGACGGUCCUCCAGGAUCCCCCGGAGAGCAGGGUCCCCUAGGGCCUCAGGGAAGACAUGGUGAGCCAGGACCUAAAGGGCCCAACGGUCCGCCCGGAAAAGAUGGAAUACCAGGCCAUCCAGGCCAGAGAGGAGAGCCGGGCUUCCAAGGCAAGAACGGCCCCCCCGGCCCCCCAGGAGUCGUUGGACCACAGGGUAAAACUGGUGAUACGGGGCCAACCGGAGAUAGAGGCCACCCGGGUUCACCGGGACCACCAGGCGAGCACGGUUUACCGGGAGCUGCCGGGAAGGAGGGGGCCAAAGGAGAUCCAGGCCCACCUGGCACUCCGGGGAAGAGCGGCCCCGUCGGGCUCCAGGGCUUCAGGGGGAUGAGAGGAACCCCGGGAGCAACGGGUCCUGCGGGUCUGAAGGGGGGAGAGGGCCUACCUGGAGUCGCGGGAUCUCUUGGUGCCACGGGAGAGAGGGGCCCCGCCGGGCCAGCUGGGGCUAUUGGACAGCCGGGGCGACCCGGCGGCGUGGGCCCCGCCGGGCCCAUGGGAGAGAAAGGCGAGCCAGGAGAGAAGGGGCUCCCGGGGCCGGCCGGGCGAGACGGGGAGCUGGGACCUGCAGGACUUCCAGGAGCUGCAGGACCUCCCGGGCCUCCAGGGGAGGACGGAGAUAAGGGAGAAAUAGGAGGACCUGGCCAGAAGGGCAGCAAAGGAGACAAAGGAGAAGCUGGACCCCCAGGACCUGUUGGAUUACAAGGACCUGUGGGCCAACCCGGACCAUCUGGUGCCGACGGCGAACCUGGUCCCCGUGGGCAGCAGGGCAUGAACGGGGCAAAGGGAGAUGAGGGACACAGAGGCUUUAAGGGGGCAUCUGGUCCUGCUGGACUGCAGGGAAUGCCAGGACCUGCAGGGGAAAAAGGAGAGAGUGGACAUGUGGGCUCCAUGGGCCCUCCAGGACAGCAUGGCCCUCGAGGUCCUCAGGGGCAGAUUGGUGGAGAGGGCGCAGCUGGAACGCCCGGCGGAGUCGGUCAGCCCGGACUGGUUGGAGAGAAGGGUGAAGACGGCGAAGCAGGAAACCCGGGGACAGCUGGAGAGCUCGGCACAGCUGGCGCCAAAGGCGAAGUUGGGGAAAAGGGUGACUCUGGCGCCCCCGGUGCGUCGGGGCCUCCGGGGCCUCGAGGCACUCCGGGAGAAGACGGAUCCAAAGGCAACCUGGGUCCGGUUGGAUUUCCCGGAGAGUCGGGGGCCCCUGGAGAGCCUGGCGUCAGCGGAGUAGAUGGCCUACCAGGACCGAAAGGUGACAGUGGAGAAGCUGGCAAAGCAGGACCUCCAGGUGCCUCUGGAGAGCCCGGUCCUCCAGGACCUCCUGGACGCAGAGGCCACGUCGGCGCUGCAGGGAAAGAAGGGAAGCAAGGCGCCAAAGGAACCAAGGGGACGACAGGAACGCAAGGUGCGGUGGGAAAGACCGGUCCCGCGGGACCUCAAGGCCCACCAGGGAGGCCUGGCCCAGAAGGGUUUCGGGGAAUUCCGGGUCCUGCGGGUGAACAUGGGCUAAAUGGACCACCAGGACAGGCUGGACCUUCUGGACCGAUAGGUCCACCGGGACUUCCAGGACUAAAAGGAGACUCUGGAAGCAAAGGAGAUAAAGGUCACGGCGGGUUGAUCGGUCUAAUUGGCCUCCCAGGAGAACCGGGUGAGAAGGGAGACAGGGGCCUGCCAGGAAUCCAGGGUAUACAAGGACCUAAAGGAGAUGAGGGUACGACUGGUCCACGAGGUCCGCCCGGCCCGCCAGGAUCACCUGGACUCACAGGUGCAGCUGGUGAGAAAGGAUCCAAGGGUGACACGGGUGCCGCUGGACCAAGAGGAGAUCGUGGCCCUGCCGGCUCCCCAGGACCCCCGGGACUCCCGGCAGCCAUGGUUGAACCCCUGCCUAUUAGGGAGGGCAAGCGAAAGAGACGACGGCAGUCAGAUCGGACAGGAGGAGCUGCUCAGUCCAGGGAGAGAGACGUCGAGUCGGAAAUGGAGGAGCUCCUCCAAGGAGAUCAGCCUCUGGAGGACGCGGAAGGAAUGGAGGAAAUCUUUGCUACCCUCUCUUCAAUGAAAAACGACGUGGACCUCAUGAGGAGGCCUCUUGGAACUUUCGAGAGCCCUGCAAGAACAUGCAAAGAGCUCAUGAUGGUUCAACCCAAGUAUAAAGACGGAGAGUACUGGAUAGAUCCCAACCAAGGCUGCAACCGAGACGCCAUCAAGGUCUUCUGCAACUUCACAGCUGACGGAGAGACCUGUCUCUACCCUGACUCAAGAGCCGAGAUGGUGAAAUUAGCAGCAUGGAGCAAAGAGACGCCAGGAAGCUGGUACAGUCAGUACAGAAAAGGCAAACAGUUCUCCUACAAUGACAGGGACGGGAACCCUGUGCAUGUAGUUCAGCUGACCUUCCUCAAACUACUGAGCGCUACAGCCAAGCAGAGCUUCACCUUCACCUGCCAAAACUCCGUCGGCUGGUUUGACAGCACCUCCCGCUCCUACCAGCACGCCCUCCGCUUCCGGGGAAGCAACGACGAGGAGCUGACACAGGCCAAGAGCCCCUUCAUCACCGCGCUGCAUGAUGGAUGCCAGUCCCGCAAAGGUCAGGAAAGGACUGUUUUAGAGAUCGACUCCCCCUCAGCAGAGCUGCUUCCUAUAAUAGACGUCGCUCCAGCAGACUUCGGCAGCAAUAAUCAGAAGUUUGGAUUUCAAGUUGGACGAGUGUGCUUCAACGGUUAACGUCCCGGCGGGAAGGAAGAGCCUCAUGAGAAGACCUGCGUAACUCGUUUCCACUCAAAGUCACAGGACCUGAACCACUGCCCAAAACAAUAUUUAUUAUAUUAUGCAUCUGUAUGUGGUGUGUUUGUGGUAUAAUAUUUCGAGCUCUUCAACUGGCCAAUGAAAUCAUUUCUAUGGCUUCCCAACCGUAAGAACAGCGACAAGAAAGAGGAUUGAAACUGAGGAACCAAAGCACAUUGACCAAAGGGAAUUAUUUGCUUUGUAUUUAAUUUUUAUUGUCUUAUCUGUUGUUGUUGUUUUUUUUUGUUUUUAACCUCACUGUUAAGGUGAGCUGUAUUUAAUCCUCCAGAAUUAUGAGGACUGCAUCACUUGACGAUGACCACUCAUAAAGAAGGCGCGUCUCUCAGAUUAUGAAGAGGAACAGUCCGUCCUGCCGCACGGGUCAGCUGAGGGGAAACUUCACACACAAGGAUGAACUAGUCGCUACCUAUUGUUUCCCAAAGACUGAGAAUGGAUAAAUCUGAAAUGUCAUCUUACUCAUUUGCAUGCUUGAAUUUCACUAUAAUGACAAUUGUAAAGUGGGUGUAAACCAGCCCAGCAUAUUAAUUUCACACAAGCCCCUGAUAAUUAAUUUCCUGUGUGCGGGAAUGAUAAAUUGUCCUUUUUACCCUUCAACUGCAGUUUGCUCAGUGAAUUACUUUGCUUUGUAUUCCGCGGGCGUAGCAAGUUAUUGAACCCAACAUUUACUUGAAGGAAUAAGGUUGUUUCCUGUAUUGGAUUGCCUCCCUCCAUGGGCUGGAUAACAAGUAUUCUGAGCCGUCCAUGUUUUUUUCACAGCCUACAGUUAUGUACAUGUCAGAAUCUUUCUAUAGUAGGAUGUGUAGGGUGAGCAGCAUACCUCAGCACGUAGGUUGGGGAUAUUUUAAUUUUGAGAGCAGACUGACUAUAAUAUUUCUUUAGUGUAAACUACAGACUUUUUAACAGAUUUUUUUUUUUUGUAUCUGUUGAAAGCUUUGUAUUAUUGAUGACACUGUCAGUUUUUUUUCUUCCCCCCACUUAGAGGUUUUUCUGUUUUGUUCAUAUAUAGGAGUUUAAACAUAUUGCAUUACUGUUUCUUUGGUAUGAUUUGUUCAAGUGGUGCUAAAGAUAAUUCAACUGUGUUUUUUUGUGUGUGUGUGUGUUUGUGUGUGUGUGUGUGUUAGUACGUUUAUGUGUCUCCGUGGGCAGGAUUAUAGGACUAGAGAGAGAGUAAGGGUUAUUGCUCUUUCAGCACCGCAACACAACCUCAGACUAGUCUUCUGUUUUUUUGCACAUCUUCUGGCUGACUGUGCCGUUUUCACAGGGCUGGAGAAAAGAGGUGAGGAACAGUUCAGAGCAGCAUGAUUGAUCUAUUUAAAGGGAAGAGCCACUCUCAAACCAUAUUUGCAUUCUGCAGUUUUAUUGGAUUGUAAAUUUGAUAUAUUCGACACAGACGCCCGCCCCCCC